AUGAUCCCAUGCAAAGAACAAGAACCAAUCGCAAUCAUCGGGGCUGCUUGUCGCUUGCCCGGUGAAGCGACGUCACUUGGCGGACUAUGGGACAUGAUCAGCCAUGGCCGUAGUGCCCACAGAAAAGUUCCGCCUUCGCGGUGGGAUGCAGAUACGUGGUAUCAUCCUGACCCUGACCGGAAGGGAUCAAUCAGCGUGAAGCAUGGAUAUUUUCUGGAGCAGGAUGUGUCCCUAUUCGAUGCACCAUUCUUCUCGAUGACAGCCAAGGAAGCUGCGGGGACGGACCCAAUGAAACGGCUGUUGCUAGAAGUAAGCUACGAAGGCUUUGAAAAUGCCGGCGUUUUGAUGGACAAUUUGAUGAACUCCCAAACCGGCGUUUACGUUGGUUGCAUGACGAAUGACUAUGAGCAACUCUCAACUCACGAUAUCUAUGAUACAGGAGAUUUGGCAGCGUCCGGUAUGAGUGAGGCCAUGACUGCGAACCGAGUAUCAUGGUUCUUCGGUUUACGCGGUCCUAGUUUGACACUCGACACUGCAUGUUCGUCGAGCCUGUAUGCACUUCACUUGGCGUGUCAAUCGCUGAAGUCAAGGGAAACCAAUAUGGGACUGGUGGCUGGCGUCAACUUGAUCUUGCAUCCUAACUUCAUGCAUCAGCUUUCUUCAAUGCACAUGCUCAGUCCCGAGGGUAUAUCGCACUCUUUCGAUCACCGAGCAAAUGGCUAUGGCCGUGGCGAGGGUAUAGGUUGUCUGGUACUAAAACGACUGAAGGACGCUCUUCGGGACGGGGACACCAUCCGAGCUGUUAUUCGUGGAACCGGAACCAAUGCGGAUGGAAAAACACCGGGAAUCACGCAGCCCAGCUCCGAGGCACAGGCUGAGCUUAUCAGGACUACGUACGAGGCAGCCGGCCUCUCGCUCUCGGAUACUCAGUAUUUUGAGGCGCAUGGCACUGGAACCCCUCUGGGUGAUCCGAUUGAACUUUCGGCAAUUGGCGCAACUCUCGGCGCGACGCGUUUGUCUGAGACAGAACCCCUCUACGUGGGAAGUAUCAAGGCCAAUGUCGGCCAUACGGAAGGCUGCUCCGGUCUUGCUGGCGUGCUCAAAUCUAUCUUAUGUCUGGAAAAGGGUGUGCUUGUUCCCACGGCCGGCAUCGAAAAGCUCAACCCGAAGCUGAAGCUCCGUGACUGGAACCUUGCAUUGUCGUCAGAAAACAUGGCGUGGCCUUCCAAAGGGCAACGACGCAUCAGCGUCAACUCGUUCGGUUUCGGCGGAGCCAACGCGCAUGUCAUUUUGGACGAUGCAUAUCACUACCUCCGAAACCGCGGACUCGUUGGAAACCAUACCACCGCCCAUUUGGAGGACUAUUCCUCCGAAUCUGGUAUCAGCAUGGGAUCAGACUCGCCACGACAAGAGGAAAAUAAGCGACUCUUUGUACUUAGUACGAGAGACCAGACAGGCAUUGAGCGUCUGGCGCCUCUGUACGCAGACUUCUUGGCGAACAAGGCAGCAACUUCAAAUUCUUCAUUCUUGGCGGAUCUGGCAUACACACUGUCAAACCGACGAACGCAUCUGGACUUCCGGAGUUUUGUAGUUGCGGAUUCCUCAUCGAUGCUUGAGACUCAGCUGAGAAAGGGACUCCCUCGACUCAAAAGAGUAUCGAAACAUGACAACCCCAUCUUCGUUUUUACCGGUCAAGGAGCCCAGUGGCCAGCGAUGGGGAAAGACUUGCUUAACAAUUGCAUCUUCCGCACCAGCAUCCACAGGUCGCAGGUCCUCCUAGAGCACUAUGGCUGCCCAUGGGAUCUGGUCGAUGAGCUUUCACGGACUACGAACUCCAACGUGGACUUGCCCCAGUAUAGCCAGGUUCUUUGUACGAUUCUGCAAAUCGCCCUUGUUGAUCUCUUACGAGAGUGGGAUGUUGUGCCAAAAGCUGUGGUGGGACACUCAAGUGGUGAAAUCGGAGCUGCUUAUGCCGCUGGGCUAUUGUCUCGCUGUAAUGCUGUCAAAGUAGCAUAUCUCCGUGGGAUCUGCUCCGCCAAAGUCGCCGACAAUGUCAGUCCGCGCGUAGGGGCAAUGGCAGCAGCUGGUAUCUCUGAAGAAGAGGCAGCCAAAUUCGUUGAGCAGGUGGCUCCUGGCUCUGUCGUCGUUGCAUGUGUCAACAGUCCGUCUAGUGUGACACUCUCUGGAGACAGUGAUGCCGUUACUCGACUUUGUGAGCAAAUCUCUGCAGAUGGAAAGUUCGCGAGGAUGUUACGCGUGAAAACUGCGUACCACUCCCCUCACAUGACAACCGUUGCGCAGGAGUACAUGGAUCGUAUGGGUGUUUUGAUUCCCUUGGCCGAAAAAGACCAAGUCGCCCCCAUGUUCUCGUCCUUCACUGGUAACACUGUUACUGCAAGGGACCUCGAUGCUUUAUACUGGAAAAAGAACAUGUGCGAACAGGUUCGGUUCUCACAAGCUAUGAAGACUUUACUCAAUUACGUGCCGGAACAAACGCAGAGGCGAGGUCGCAACCGCAUUCACUGGAGCGCCUUCGUUGAGAUUGGCCCCCAUACUGCGCUGCAGAGCCCAGUUGCAGAGAUCAUCAAAAUCAGCCAGAGCAAAGCAGCCAAAGAGGCGCCAUACUUCUCGGCAAUUAUCCGUGGAAAAGACUCCGAGGUGACGGCUCUUGAGUUGGCCGGGCAACUCUGGGGUUCCGGUCAUAACGUCAAACUUUCCAGGGUCAACUACAUCUAUCCUGAAUCAUUACCAACAUCACUUCCGGACCUGCCGUCGUAUCCUUGGAAUCACAGCAGAGGGUAUUGGCACGAGUCUGCGACGGCUCGAUCGAGCAGAUUUCCCCGCGGUCCCCGCACCGAUCUGUUAGGUGUGCCAGUAGACUUACAAAACGCCAUGGAGCCUAGGUGGCGGAACUAUCUACGGAUCCUGGAGAACCCAUGGAUUGAGGACCACAAGAUUACCGGGACGGUGCUCUACCCUGCAGCAGGCAUGAUCGUGAUGGCAAUGGAAGCAGCCCAUCAGCUACGGGACACGUUCAAACACCUGAAUGGCAUCACUUUUCGCGACCUCAAGUUUGAACGUGGGUUAGUUGUUUCGUCGCGGGAGCAGGCUGUGCAAACCGAGGUCAGUCUGCGGCCUGAUGACACACGUUCGUCAACUUGGGCUUUUGCAAUCUAUUCCACGCAAGCAGGAGGAUCUUGGACAAGGCAUUGCCAUGGAGUUCUCAGCCUGGAGUAUGCCAGCAACGGUAAUCACAACUCCGACGCCAUCCCGAGCUCAGAAUGGGCCACGCUUCUGAACGAGUGGGGAGAUAUUCAGAAAAACGCCACUGAAGAGAUCGAUAUGGAGACGUUCUAUGAUGAGCUUGAAGUAGUGGGCGUUGCCUACGGGCCGACCUUCAGGAAUGUUUUCCAAGCAGGCGUCGUCUCUGGGGAGCAUUGUGCCCAUGGAUCCAUCAAAAUCCCUGACACCAAGUCUACAAUGCCUUUCAACUACGAGUUUCCACACCUGAUACAUCCAGCGACCAUGGAUGCCAUAUUCCACCUGCUGUUUGUUGCGUUCUCUGACGGCAAACCAAUGGAAGAAGCCGCGGUACCAUACACACUGAAGCAUAUGUAUGUCUCCACGGAUCUGCCUCAAGGCCAUGGUAGAGUCUACAAAGGCUACGCCAAGCGCUUGCGGACGAGUGGUCGCGAGACAUCCGGUGACUUGGUCGUGUCAGAUGAAACCUGCAGCAGCCCCAAGUUGAUUGCCCGCGAUUUCGCUUUGAGGCAAGUUACUUCCUCUCAAGAAUCUUCUAAAGCAAGCUAUCACAGCUCAAGGCGGGUGUGCGCCAAACUUCGUUGGAAGGAGGAUGUGGACUUCAUCAGCUCUCCUGCGUCUCUGCGUAGCAUAGUUGCGGAUCAAUCUGGCUUUCCCUGCAACAAUGCAGCUUCGACCACGCUUUCGAUACUUCUUGACAGAUUACACCACAAGAAACCCGAUUACAGGAUGCUCAUAGUCAUGCAAGACGCGACCGAAGCUUCUUGGGACUCGGUUCGAGCAUUCCUGGACCCUUUGAACAACGGCACCAACUGGCGGCUCCGGAAGACUUUUAUUGCGUCUGCCACAAGCAACACUAGUCAGUUGCUGGAGACAUUAUCAACAGAGGAACAAGGCCAAAUCGAACUGCGGGAGUGGCAGCCCAGCAAACAAGAGGGUUUGCCAUUUAAUAAUCAGAUUUUUGACAUCAUGAUCGUAUGGAGGGCUCCGACAACCCAACAAUUGGACCUUUGGACCAUGUCUACGCUUCGAGAGUCCCUGGCUCCAAUGGGCCUACUUGGUGUCGUCACCCCCGAUCACAAAGGUCUUUCCUCGUUUACAGAGGUCGAAUCACUUAUUGCACCUGCUGGACUCGCAAAAAUUGCCAUUUUGUCAGAUGAAGAUCGCAGCCUGUCACUUUUACUUGCACGAAAGCUCACAUCACCAACCCCCACCAAUAAGCCCUCAGAGGUCUUUCUGCUCUGCAAAACUGAUCGUUCAUCGGGAUGCCAACAACUGGAAAAACUGUUGGUAGAAGGACUUCGCCUUUUUGGCUGCGAAGUGAAGCCUGCAACUUUGUCGGACGCGGAACAGCUCAGGGGCAAACACAUUAUCUCUUUGCUCGAAGUCGAAUCGCCUCUGGUCAACAGAUGGACAGAAACAGAGUUCACGCAGUUCAAACGCCUCGUAUCUGGUGUAACCCAUAUGCUUUGGCUAACCAAGGGUGGGCUGAUGGAGAACUGGAAUGGCGGCUUGGAAUUUGCGCCUUCGCAGGGCCUCCUGAGAGUCAUGCGAACGGAGUAUUCACACAUUACUAUGCCUCACCUAGAUCUAAACAGGUCUGAAAACGUGGAUUCUUCCUGUGUCGUCAAAACCAUCCUAAAUGUUUGGGAUGUUUCGGUUUCAGGCGUAUAUCAGCAACCUGAGAUGGAAUACGCCGAGCGUGAUGGUGCAAUCUUUGUGCCUAGGUUCAUCGAGGACGACGGCAUGGACACUAGCCUUGAUCUUCAAGAUGGGCUUCCUAAGCCUGUUCAAGGGACAUUGUGCGAGGACACGCAGUGGAAACUAACUCGAACAGAUGGGCAACUUACUUGGGUCGAAGAAGAGAUCGGCUCCCGGACCCUUGGUGACGGCGAAGUUGAGAUAGAGGUUGACCACAUCGUGCUGCAGGAAGUCUCCAGCACUUUACCAGAACACGAUCCACAAACCUAUCAGACAACAGCUGUAACAGGCAUUAUCUCAGGUCGCUCGUCAAUAGCCAAAUCAGCUGAAGCCGAACAGCGCGUCGUUGCGCUUCACACUGGUCCCUGUCGCACCAAGAUCAUCGCCAGCGAGGGACUCGUCAGAGUGUUACCCCCCAGCAUUGACUCGUCAACCAUACUGGAGACGGCUGUAGCCCUAUUUGCCGCGCAGUAUGCCCUAGAAGAAGCGGCGAGACUGGAGAGAGGACAGACAGUUCUCGUUCACGGAGCGGAGUCCCCACUUGGCCAGGCAGCCUUACAGCGAUCUCAAAUGGCCGGAGCUGAGGUCUUUGUCACCAUCAAAGAUCCGGUUGAGAGACACUCGAUCUGUCAAAAGUUUGGCCUCGGCCGAGGUCGAGUGUUUGAGAGCGCGUCCAAGACCUGCGUGGCAGAUGUUCUUCGACAAACUCAAGGUCGCGGAGCAGACGUUAUCCUCAAUUGCAGACAAGACGAGUUGACGCCCAACCUCUUCGGUUGCUUGGGGGAAUUUGGCACCUUUGUUGAUCUUGACCCCGGACGAGCCUCAAAACUAUCGUCCACACCACCUUCUCGCCAAAACGCAACUUUUGUCACGGCCAACCCCUCGCGGCUUUUAGAAGCGAGGCCAGCACUAGCCCAGCGCAUAUGGGCCGAAGUUUUUGAGUUCAUUGAAGCCGGAAAUUUUUCCCUUCAGACUCCUGGCCUGCUCAAGUCCGUCGCCGACAAUGGCUUUGUUGCACCGCAACUUCGCGAGGAUGAAGACAGAGGAUUGAAGGUUUUGCAUGUCGAUCGCAACGCCAAAGUCACCCUCCUACCCUUCGAAGUUUCAAAGCUCAGUCUCGAUGCGGACGGGACGUACGUUCUCGCCGGUGGCCUGGGUGCUCUGGGCCUGCAGAUAGCAGAGAUGAUGUUCCAGCAUGACGCGGGACAUGUGGUGUUCCUCUCUCGGUCCGGAGGCGAGAAGAAUCAGACAGAUCUCGAAUCUUUCCGUCGACGUGGACUGAGGGUUGACGCGUUGAAGUGUGACGUAGCUGAUGCACCACAAGUUGAGAAUGUCGUCCGGCGACUCCAGAGUGAUGGACGACACAUCAAAGGUGUCAUCCAACGUGCCAUGGAUGCCAUUUUCGAAAACAUGACCUACGAGCAGUGGCAAAAGUCAACGCGGCCCAAGGUCCAAGGCACAAUGAACCUCCACAACCAAAUGCCGAGCAACUUGGACUUCUUCAUCUUACUCUCCUCAAUCACAUGCGUCAUCGGCAACGCGGCUCAGUCGAACUAUGCCGCCGGGAACACAUUCGAAGACGCCUUAGCCCACUUCCGCCGGAGCCAAGGCCUGGCCGCGACGGCGAUCGACGUCGGUCUCGUGACGGACUCGGCUCAUUUCACGGGCGACUUUGACAUGAACGCCUACUUCCAGAUGUACGAACACCGUUGGGAUGGCCUGCAAACCACGCAACCAGAGCUUGAUGCAGUACUGCGGGCGGCUAUGGCUGGGCGAACAGCCGAUGGAAAACCUGUUGAACCUCAGAUUGUCCUUGGUAUAGGCAGUUCCAUGCCGGUCGGUCCGUCAUCAGCGUUGUGGACAAAAGAUCCCAAGUUCAGUCACCGAGUCAACCACUUAUCGUCCGGCCAUUCAGACGCCCCAAUAGAUGCCGAAUCUGCUAAAGAGAGAAUGUCGCAAGUUGCCAACUUGCAAGAUGCCACGCAGAUUGUUGAAGGCGUGCUGAAAGGAUACGCGGCUCAAAUUAUGGACAUCAACAUUGAGGAUGUAGAUGUCGAGAAGGCGUUUUAUGACUUUGGAGGUAUGUGUUGUCGCGACUCUCAGUUAUUCGCCACGACUCCUAUUGUCAAAAAUUUUGCUAACGCUUUUUUUCCUCUUCUUUCUUUUGCAGUUGACUCUUUGAAAGCAGUUGAGCCUCGUAACCGUAUCUUUCGAGAACUGGAAAGUGAUGUAUCCGUGUUUGAAUUGCUGAGUCCAUCACCGUUGUCAAAACUGUCCGUGGAGGUUGCGAGCAGAAGCAAGUUGGUGGCCCAAUAUGUCGGAAAAACAGAUAGGUCAUGA